AUGUCCAGAGAAAUUGCUCUAAAGCUAGACCAAGAGCGUCUUAUAAUUGAGCAAGAAAUCAAAGCAAUUGUAGACUAUUUAACUGCCCCAGGGAUGCCAGGAAUAGAUGGCCCACUGGUAGAUGCAGAGCAAUUCCCAAUUCCUGGUCUUGACCAUUAUCGAAUUAGAGAAGCCCGUCAAAGGUUUAACAGGCUAAACAACGACUACAAAGAAAUCAUGAAGAGAAUAGAGCAAGAGCUUGAAAAUUAUUUCCAAAGUGUGCAGAGUGAAAUACAUAAUGGAAAUAGUUCCUCGCAUGAUCAAGUCCCUAUAGAAAUUGGGAUCCCAAGCUCAGCACUGCCUCAUGCUUUUGCAAUUAUUUCUGAAGUCACUGAAGGAAGCCCUGCGAUGCAAGCGGGAUUGAAGAAGGAAGAUAAGAUCGUGAAGUUUGGAGAUAUCGAUUAUAGGAAUCACAAUAAUUUGCAAGGGCUUGUCCAGUAUAUAGUUUCACAUGAAAAUCAAGAAAUAAAUGUUUUCAUUAUUCGAAAAAACGCUAUUAAUAGAGAAACUGAGCUAAGCUUGAAGAUCACACCAAGGAGAUGGGAAGGAAAUGGAAUUUUAGGAUGCAGAUUUGUCCCGACUACAAAUUAA